AUGCGCCAGGACACGCCAGCGACCCGUGGAGACGCCAUGCUUGUCAUUGCUGCCCCACCAAACAAACCCCAACCCUCGGCUCUUACAGACCCUGAGAAAGACGACAACAACGCUGGCCACGUCGAAGAAUACGAAUUCGAAAAUGACAUCUCGUCGCUAGCGCUGUGUUCCGUGCCGUUUCCGUUUACUGUGGGAUUUACAAUGGAUAGUCUGGCUGCGCGGAGGUUCUCGACGAGCACUGAGGAGCGCGUUGGGCUGCUCGGCGCGGCGAAAACGCAGCAGCAUUAUGGCGGUGUUGAAGAAACGGAGAGCUUACUGAGAGGCGAGGGGGUGGUAGAAGAGGUAAAGACGACGGCGGGAAUAGAGGCAAGACUGCUUGCGAAGUACUCGCUGCCGCUGAUGGCGACGUACCUCCUUCAGUACAGCUUCACGCUCAUCACGCUCUUUGCGGUAGGGCAUAUUGGAACAGAUGAAUUGGGUGCGGUCAGCUUGGCGAGUAUGACUGCCAAUAUCACGGGACUCGCCGUGUACGAGGGCCUGGCUACCAGCUUGGACACUUUGUGUGCACAGGCGUAUGGAUCUGGCAAGAAAGAGAUGGUUGGACUGCAUCUACAGCGCAUGGUUCUGUUCAUGUUGCUCGUCACUGUACCAAUUGGGGCAAUUUGGCUAUCAUCGGGCUGGAUCCUCGCGGCUCUGGUACCGGAGAAGGAGCUGGCCCAUCUUGCUGGCCGUUACCUGUCCAUCUUGCUUGCAGGAGCUCCCGGAUACGCCAUCUUCGAAGCUGGAAAACGCUUCACGCAAGCUCAAGGACUUUUCAACGCCAGCCUGUUCGUCCUUCUCAUUGCCACGCCGAUCAAUGUCGUCCUGAACUAUCUGUUCGUCUUCGUGUUACAAUGGGACCUUGAGGGUGCUGCACUUGCAACUGUUUUGUCUCACAACUUGCUGCCCAUUCUCCUCUGGAUUUACGUCUAUUUCGUCAACCCGCGCUCGCUAGAAUGCUGGGCUGGCUUCACGCGUGACGCCUUCCGGCAUUGGGGACCAAUGGCUAAACUUGCAAUUCCUGGUAUUAUCAUGGUUGAGACCGAAUGGCUUGCCUUCGACGUCCUUACCUUUUCCACCAGCUACAUAAGCACCGCACACCUCGCCGCCCAGUCUAUCGUCAUGAGUCUCGCCGUCGCCAUCUACCAUGUCCCCUUCUCCGUGGGCGUCGCUGUGAGCACGCGUUUAGGCAACCUCAUCGGCGCCGGCUCAUUAUCUUCCGCUCGAAUCGCGACGCGCACUUACCUGCUCACCUUCUUGAUCAUCGGCGUCAUCGACUUCACCUUCCUGACCGCCGCCCGAAACGUGCUCCCAAAAGCCUUCAGCACCGAUCCAGAAGUCAUCUCCAUCGUCUCGACCGUGCUGCCUUUACUCGCAGUAUUCCAAUUCUGCGACUCCACAACGGCGCUCGCGAAUGCCAUUCUGCGCGGGCUGGGGCUGCAGGCUAUCGGUGGCUGGGCAAAUUUGUUCGUGUAUUAUGUUAUUGCGGUGCCGCUUGCGCUGUUUUUGUGUUUCAAGCAGGAUAUGAAGUUGGUGGGGCUGUGGGCUGGGUGUGCGGUUGGGAGCAGUUGUAUUACACUCAGUGAGGGGGUGUAUAUGUAUUUGUACGAUUGGAAGAGGGCGAUUGAUGAUGCAAGGGAGCGGGAAGAGUAG